AUGCCAGGUGUUCCCCCAGAUGCGAUUGACCAGCUGAAGCGAGGCUUCAAGAACUUCCUUGUCCGCCUGAAGAACAAGAACGCUGGGAAACCUGCCCCAGAGACUACUGCUCCUACCACCACCGUGCCCGAGGACAAGGAGACGGAGACCCCAGCGCCACCUGCUCCCGGCGCAGCUCCAGUUCCAGCUCCCACCGAGGGAACUGCUGCUCAGGAGACUCCAGCUCCAGAGGUCACCAAGGCCCCCGAGCCUUCGACCGCAGUUCAGCCAACCCCUGAAACUAAGCCUGUCCCAGAGUCAGAAGGCACCCAAGAGCCCUCGACAACUGAAGAUGGAAACAAGGACAAGGCCCUCCCUGAGCCACCAGUGACUGGCGAGAAGAAGUCUGUAGAGACACCAGCCGUACCAGACUCAACCACCACCGCACCAGCUCCCGAGGCUCAGAAGCCCGCUGAGCCUACCCCUGCUACUGAGGCUACCACUGACGCGACCAAGCUCGCUGAGCCAGUCCCAGCCCCGGCCCCCGUCUCAGAGACCAAGCCGGUCGAGGCCCCAGAAGUGGCCAAACCAGUUGAGACCGCCGCCCCUGCUGCUGAAGCCGCUGCAGCUACCACCGAAGCUCCAGCUGCCGCGAAGUAA